GAUUGAGUUACUAAACUGAAUGUGAAUUGUGAAACUCUGAUGCUGAAAUUGAAAGGAGCCCUAAAUUGAAAAUGCGAGAGCUGGAGGCUGAGCUGCGCCUGAUGACCGACGUUGUCCCUCCGCCGUAGGCUGUCAUUGUCCGGCUGUCUUCUUCGGUAUCGCUGCUGUGCUUCGUCCUCGUCGAGCUCGAUUCGUCGUGACGUCGUUGCUUUCUCCAGCGCGGUCCCUGUUGCCGCUGCUCACUGUCCGACGCCAUCCCUGUCGCCGCCGCUGAAAGUCCUCUGCAUACUCCUUCCCUCGUCGGUGGCUGAGUUGCUUGCUGCUGACUCCUUCCCUCCGCCGCAAUCACCGCUUCUUCCUUGUGGUCCAGGAUCCAAGGGACUGUUAUUCUGAGGUCAAAUUGGUAGCUAACAUGGAAGAAGAAGACGAUUAUGUUGAGUAUGUGCCUGUGGCCAAGCGUCGUGCCAUGGAAGCUCAGAAGAUUCUCCAACGCAAGGGUCAGGCAUCUACUGCCACCGAUGCUGAUCUCGAGAAACUAAGAGUAGCUGAAACUAAGCCCAGUCUUCUAGUUAAGGCUUCACAGUUGAAACGAGAGCAGCCUGAGAUUAGUGCAACAGAACAGAUUGUUCAACAAGAGAAGGAAAUGAUUGAGAACUUGUCAGAUAGAAAGACCCUUAUGUCUGUUCGUGAAUUGGCUAAGGGGAUUACUUAUACUGAACCAUUGCUUACCGGGUGGAAGCCACCUUUGCAGGUGAGAAGGAUGUCUAAAAAAGAAUGUGAUUUGAUUCGCAAGCAGUGGCAUAUAAUAGUUGAUGGUGAAGAUAUCCCACCUCCAAUUAAGAAUUUUAAGGAUAUGCGGUUUCCUGAGCCGGUUUUGAAGAAAUUAAAAGCUAAGGGAAUUGUGCAACCGACACCCAUUCAGGUGCAAGGCCUUCCUGUUAUCUUAUCUGGGAGGGAUAUGAUUGGGAUUGCUUUCACAGGCUCAGGAAAAACCCUGGUAUUUGUGCUGCCAAUGAUCAUGGUAGCAAUGCAGGAGGAAAUCAUGAUGCCUAUUGCUCCCGGAGAAGGUCCAUUCGGUUUGAUAAUUUGUCCUUCACGAGAACUGGCUCGGCAGACUUAUGAAGUGGUUGAACAGUUCUUGAUACCUUUGAAGGAAGCUGGAUAUCCGGAGCUCAGGCCUUUGCUAUGCAUCGGUGGAGUGGAUAUGAGAUCACAGCUUGAGAUUGUGAAGAAGGGUGUCCAUAUUGUUGUUGCCACUCCUGGUAGAUUGAAGGAUAUGUUGGCCAAGAAGAAAAUGAAUCUUGAUAAUUGCAGGUAUUUAACAUUAGAUGAGGCUGAUCGAUUGGUAGAUUUAGGAUUUGAAGACGACAUAAGAGAAGUUUUUGAUCACUUCAAAGCUCAAAGGCAGACUCUGUUAUUUUCUGCCACUAUGCCUACAAAAAUUCAGAACUUCGCCAGAAGUGCUUUGGUGAAACCUAUUAUUGUCAAUGUGGGACGGGCUGGGGCAGCAAAUCUUGAUGUGAUCCAAGAGGUAGAGUAUGUAAAGCAAGAGGCGAAAAUCGUUUAUCUCCUUGAGUGCCUUCAAAAAACCCCACCUCCUGUUCUGAUAUUCUGUGAGAAUAAGGCUGAUGUCGAUGACAUUCAUGAAUAUCUUCUCUUGAAAGGAGUGGAAGCAGUGGCUAUUCAUGGAGGCAAGGAUCAGGAAGAGAGAGAGAAUGCCAUUUCGGCUUUUAAGGCUGGAAAGAAAGAUGUGUUGGUAGCAACUGAUGUUGCAUCCAAAGGUUUGGAUUUUCCAGAUAUUCAGCAUGUCAUCAACUACGACAUGCCAGCUGAAAUUGAAAAUUAUGUCCAUAGGAUUGGUCGAACAGGAAGAUGUGGCAAGACCGGUAUAGCUACAACAUUCAUUAACAAGAACCAGAGUGAGACAACAUUGCUUGAUUUGAAGCACCUCUUGCAAGAAGCAAAACAAAGAAUACCUCCAGUUUUGGCUGAGCUGAAUGAUCCAAUGGAAGACAAUGAUGCAAUCACAGACAUAAGUGGGGUGAAGGGAUGUGCUUACUGUGGUGGUCUUGGUCAUCGUAUCCGUGAUUGUCCCAAAUUGGAACAUCAGAAGAGCAUGGCAAUUGCAAAUAAUAGAAAGGAUUAUUUUGGUUCUGGAGGUUACAGGGGUGAAAUUUGAAAGCACCAGUCCCUUGUGUACAAGGUUU